GUCCCUUACUCUAGGCGCUGUUUUGUUGUUGAUUUCUAAGUUGCAGGUCGUUUAGACCUCCUCUCUCUCUCUCUCCUCCAUUUUUGAUCUCUGAGUCUUCUCCUUCUUCUCCAUUCUCCAUUGCCAUCAGCUACAAUUUGCCACUUCUUUGGCUAAAGAAUAACAUUAUUUCUAGGAACCAAUUCUUGCACAUUCUGCUGUGAAAAUGGAAAAAUUGUUGGUGCCGCCAUGGCUAGAGUCAUUACUAAGCGCAGCCUUCUUUACCAUCUGCCGGACACAUGGAGAUGCAGCCAGAAGUGAAUGCAAUAUGUAUUGCUUAGAUUGUAGAGGUGAUGCAUUUUGCUUCUAUUGCCGUUCUUCAAGACACAGAGAUCAUCAAGUAAUCCAGAUAAGGAGAUCUUCAUAUCAUGAUGUAGUGAGGGUUUCAGAGAUUCAAAAAGUAUUGGACAUAAGUGGAGUUCAAACCUACGUGAUAAAUAGCGCCAGAGUCAUGUUUCUCAAUGAGAGGCCACAGCCAAAAUCUGGGAAAGGAGUUGCUCACAUUUGUGAAAUUUGUGGGAGAAGCCUUUUGGAUCCAUUUCGUUUUUGUUCAUUGGGAUGUAAGCUUGUAGGAAUAAAGAGAAGUGGAGAUGCAAGCUUUACCUUAGAGCCUAAGAAUGAUGAAUUAAUGGAAAGAAGAGAAGGGAUAUCAUCAAGAAUGGUCUCAUCAAGAGAAGAUGAAGAAUUGCGUGAAGGGUCACAACAAGACAUUUACCCUCCUACGCCUCCUCCACCUCCUACUUCUACUGCAAGAAGAAGAAAAGGCAUUCCUCACAGGGCUCCUUUUGGUUCCUAAUUUAUCAAUUAAAACACUUGGUAUAUUCCAUCCCCCCACCCAUCAUUAAUUUCUUGCACAAAUUACUCCUCCAAAUUCCUUCUCAUGGGGUCAAUUGUCUUAACUAAAGAAAGUGUAGGGUACCCUUUUGGUUAGGGUGUCCAAAAAACCUAGAGGGUUAGUAAGUUGCCCUUUUGGGUUUUGGGUCCCAUACAAAAAAAAAAUCAAUCUCUCUCUUGUGAAGUAGCAAUAAUGCACACUUGUUAUUGAUAGUUACAAGGUGUACAUGUCAUUAAGAAAUUAAAGCAAGUCAUUGUGGUUGUGGAGUCCUCCGUUUUAUGGUUAUCAUAGGCCCACCAACCACAUGGGCAUUCUACAUAAAGAAAACAUCUUUUUAUUUAUUUAUUAUUAUUAUUAUAAUAAUUCAUUUGAUGUAUCAAAGACAAAGUGCAAAAUCAACUUUCUAUGCCCAAAAUUUAAAGAUCUAAUGAGAGAAUGCACACUUGUUGAUUGCA